AAAGACAAACCAAAAGUAUGAAUUUGAAUCUAACGUCUCAAAAACAUUCAUUACUGUGUUAAAAAUUAUACAGAGAAGUCAGCCCACUCGUUCGCAAACCAAAGAACAGUCAUCAUAUACACUUGACGUAAUGAAUCGUAUUCUGGAGAAGGUGAUUCACCAGAAUGGGACCAUCGUGGAUCGCAUUCUAUCGGAACAUACCAUAGGGUAUGUGGUGUCCGAUAACAUGGCCAAUGCGGUGGCCGAAACGUCCUUCGAUAACACAAGUGCCCAGGCGAUCCUGAAGCACUUAAAUGGACUCCUGGUGAGCACCUGCCAAAGUGUCGUCCGGGACAUUGACCCGUCCAACAAACUAUGCUUCAUGCGCCUGGCCACUCGCAAGUACGAGUAUCUGGUGGCCCCCGAGGAGUACUUCACCAUUACAGUGGUACAAUGAAGUGGCCAUACUCUAAUUCUACAGAAGAUUCACUCGAGUUGAACGAUUCCGGAGGAAAUACAAUUAUAAAUUAAACUACACCUUUUAGAAACAAUUUCCUACAAGUGGGUCAAGGAAAUUGUUUCUGAAGGUAUUUUAAAACAAACUCGAUUCUACCAGUAAUAUACAGUUAUGAAGAAAGCAUCAAAAUAUCGGACAAAACAUAAAUAUAAGAAUAUCAUAGCAAA